AUGGCCAUUGGCGAUGUGCUGGACGACAUCACCUCUUUGCAAUCAGAGCGCACGUCGGACAACGGUGACCGUCUGGUCGACUUGUGCGAACAGACAGGCCUCUUCAUCGCUUCCACGUUUAAGAGGAAUCAUCGACGUCAUCAGCUCACGUGGCAGGGGUCCCUUUUAACGUCUGAAGAGCAGCGAAAGCGGAACAUGAGGACUCUCAAACUUCAGCUCGACCACGUUCUGACGAGCAUCCCUCAGUCGGAUAUCCGAAAAUCUAGAGCUGUUUGGGACGUCGCGUUCGACUCUGACCACCGUCCAGUUCUUCUCAGCUUCAAGAUACGGUUCCACAAGAGAAACGGAGGUCACUUUCAGCCGAAAGUCGACGUGGCAGGUCGAAGAAUGCAGAGCGAAACUCCGCUCACGUGUGUCUAUUCAUGUUGGAGUACGGACCAAGAAGAAGCUUAG